AUGGACGACAUGUAUUUAGAUGUUACGGGCGGAUACACCGACGAUUGCAGAAUAACUCAAAUUGAAUAUCAUUCUUUUUUACCUUAUUCUACGUCAGCUCUCUCCAAUAACGAUGAAGUACGUAUCGCACUACAUAACACAGAAUCUUAUACUUUACCAUGUGAGAGUUAUAUUUACAUCGAAGGAACAAUAAUCAAACCUGCAGAUAUUACUGAUGACAUCCGAUUUAUAAACAACGGGCUAGCGUUUCUUUUCUCCGAAAUGAAAUAUGAGAUAAACGGCAUUCAAAUUCAAAAACUCGCUAAUCCAGUUAUAACGACUACAUUAAAGGGAUAUUGUUCGUAUAAUAAAACGAAUAUUACAUCACAUCACAACUUUGGCUGGGAUAACGAUAUUAAAAAUGCUAAUAAAGAUUUUAUUGAAAGCGGCAAUUUUAAUGGUUGUAUUAAUCUUAAAGAUUUGUUCGGUUUUUAUGAAGAUUACAAACGUAUUUUAAUAAAUUGUAACCAACAACUUAUAUUAAACCGAGCAUCACUCGAUAUAAAUGCCGUUAAGCAGUAUAAGAAUAAUGAAGUUGUCGCAGACGCUCCUAAACUAAAAGACGUUAAAAUAAACAUAACAAAAAUAUUAUGGAGAAUGCCCAUAGUCAAGGUCAGUGAUAAAGAAAAAAUAAGAUUGUUGAAAGUAGUAAACAAUCAGAAACCGUUGACAUGCGCGUUUAGAUCGUGGGAGUUGUGUGAAUAUCCUUUUUUACCUCAAAACACUUCGCAUUCCUGGAAAGUGAAGACAUCUAACAAAUUAGAAAAACCUAGAUAUGUCAUAAUCGGAUUUCAAACUGGUAGAAAAAAUAGCUCAAAUAAAACAAUGUCACAUUUUGACCAUUGUAAAAUUAAAAACUUGAAGGUCUAUUUAAACUCAGAAGUGUUUCCCUAUGAAGAUUUCCAAAGCGACUUUACCAGGAAUAAGUUGGCUACAUUAUACCGCGCCUAUGUAGAGUUUCAAAAAUCUUACUACGGCCAUGACGAAGCGACACCUCUACUGAACCGAUCAGAUUUCAAAAAUCUGUGUCCGAUUAUAGUUGUUGAUAUGAGCAAGCAGAACGAUAAUGUAAAAAUGUCAACUGUCGACCUAAGGAUUGAACUAGAAGCAGACGAAGCGUUUCCAGCUUCCACUUCAGCAUAUUGUAGUGAUCUCUCACUAUCGUUUAUAAAUGAGUGCUUGACAUCUGCAGUUGGAUCAAGUUGUCGGGAAAAGAUUACGGGUUUUAAAAGCCCAUCGUUUUCAUCGACUGCUCUGCUCGGCGAUUGCAUUGUGAAACUCGGUGGUGGUGAUGUCGGUGGUCGUGUUGACAUCGGUGUAGGUGGUGACAUUGGUGUUGGUGACGACAUUGGCGAAAUGACCGUUGUUUGGCGAUGA